AUGCCGGCAUCCCGCCGCAUCCGCCCGGCUCCGAUGCCCGAUUAUGAAUGCGAAUUGUCACGUCGAAAAAAUAAAAGAAACAACCAGGAACCGAAGACCUACUUUCCGGGCGGCCGGCGUCAGCCACCCGAAAGUGGCCUCUGCUGCGUUGGAGUUAAGGAUGCGGCCGACUGUGGUUUUAGUGUGGCGCAGUUUUUACGACACACUAGGCGAGUGUGUGCGUUGCCCAAUAUCCGAGUGACGCAAAUUGCACGGCGGUGCCUUGAGUUCGCCCACGACGCUUACGAAAGCGCGCCUUUCCAACUGCCGUGUGGCUCC